AGGACCAUGGGCGUUGUCGGCGUCGUGCUUGGCAAGUCUGCGAAGCACUCAUGCGCCUUAUUACUGAUAGUACUGUAGAAUACGGUGACUCGGCCGACCUCUUUGCUCUGAGGCCCGCCCUCGAAGACAUCUACGACCAGCUCGAAGCCCUGUCCACACCGCCAUUCUCAGCCGGCACGUCAGAUGGGGCGGCCGAUAUCCUCGAUACUCUUUGGGACACCUGUCGGGCCGAUCAUCCAGACCGGUCAGCGGUGGUGCAUGCGAGUAUCCAGCAUGAAUCCGACAGGAUCUACCAGCUGGUAACAGAGCGAAAGACUGUUUCACCUGAACACCCUGUGGCGUAUAUGCCCCGUCUUCUCGAGACCCUUGGCCCCAACAUCGUUCCCGUUUACAAAGCAGCACUGUCCGGCCAACGUAUACUCCUGUAUUCGCCCCCGCCUCUCCUCCCUCUGACGGCACUUGCCUGGAACAUCUGGGCUUGCUCGAUUCCACCUCGCAAAGUGCUCAAAACAGGGGGGGCUGAAAUUGCGCAAUGGCUCGGCAACGUCGGACUGAUGGACUUGACGAGUCUCCAGGAGCGCACCGGAGGCUGGAUCGCAACGACAAGCGACGUCAUAUUCAAAUCUCAUCCCAAAAUCUAUGAUCUGUUUAUUGACCUUUCUCUCGUGCCCCUGCAGGACGCCAUGGACAGCGCUCCGACAGCUCCCCCGCCGUCCAUCUUCGCAUCUGCCCCCACAACGCCUCCGGCGCCCCUCACCUAUGCCUUCUCCGACUUGCCGCUCUACCGCUCUCUUCUCCUCCUCACCUCUUCGCCCCCGACAGUCCACGCAGGGCUCUGGCGCCAGGGUGGCUGGUGGUUAAUCAUCUAUCAAGUGCUAGAGAGGGCUUGGAAUCUGUGCAAAGGUGUCUGCGAAUUUGCUGUGGGCCAAGGGGCGCUGGGUGGGCCUAUCCAGCUAGCAGAGGGCGAGGAAGAAGCAAGGCUUCUAGAGGACGACACUGAAGAUGAUCUGCUGGACCUCCUUUCAGAGGCCGACGAGCACGAGAGAGAAGGACAGGCGUCUGACCAAGAACCCGAAGCGGAGCCCACUCGCCAAGGCCGCCUCAUCCUCCGCCAACUUGUCCACAACUCUUACCACACUCAUACUCGGCUCUCAUCAGUUCUCUCUGCCCGCCCAAGAGGCGAGCAAAGUAUUGGACAGUUGAAUGAGCAGGAAGUCAGAGAAUUGGCAGGAAGAUGGGCCGGCAAAGACGACGUGCGAUUCUGGCGAGGUAUUGCUAGGCGAUGGGGCGUAGUGCUUGACCUUGAUGAAUGAAGCGCAGUCUCGAAC